UUCUUUCUCUGACUUCAGAUAACGAUACAAGCAAAAUUUAACCGCCCACCUCAUGGAACAAGGUGAGUCAUGCUCUCUCUCCUCUUCACAUCGCCUACAGCUACUUUCCUCUGUUCUAUCUCCAAAACACUCUCUAUCAAGAGCACCUUAACAAGAACUCUUCCAUUUUUCACUGCCUCAAUCACCACCAUGUCUGUAAACCUUCAAUCCCAUGCCUUUGCUGGCAACCCUCUAAGAUCUAAAACCCUCAAACCGACUGAUCCUUUGUCCCCUACCUUAGCCCUUGAAACUCUAAAGACUCAACUUUUGGACAAUACCCACCAAUUAUCGUCCAUUAAUUUCAGGGUUUUACCCUUUAGGAAGGGCAGGCCGCUUGCCUCUUCCAGUGGUGAUGGUGAUUUAGUGCCAAAUUGGCACCUGCGUUGGAUCAGUUUGGCUGAUUUUAGAAGUUUUUUGGCUAGUUCUAGGGUUGAAUUGAGUGGAGAGAGUUUGGUUUAUCUGGGUUCAAGGUCUGAGGAGGAUGUGGUUUACUGGGCAGUUGAUGUUUCUGAGGAGAAUAACUUGAUCAAUGUACUUGGUAGCAAGCGAUUUUGUUUCGUUGAAUUGAGGACGCUUAUGGUGGCUACUGAUUGGACUGAUGAGCGGGCCAUGGGGGAUUUGGCUAUUGCUGGUCAUGCUAGGGCAUUGCUAGAAUGGCAUAACUUAGCACGUUUUUGCGGACACUGUGGAGCAAAAGCAGUCCCUGCAGAAGCUGGUAGGCGGAAGCAGUGCUCUAAUGAACUAUGCAAAAAGACAAUUUACCCCCGUGUUGAUCCGGUGGUGAUCAUGUUGGUUAUUGAUAGAAAAAAUGACUGUGUCCUUCUAAGCAGACAGUCAAGAUUUGUUCCUCGGAUGUGGAGUUGCUUAGCUGGUUUCAUAGAGCCAGGAGAAAGCUUAGAAGAGGCAGUUAGGAGAGAAACAUGGGAGGAGACUGGUAUCGAGGUGGGGGAAGUUGUCUAUCAUAGUUCCCAGCCGUGGCCAGUUGGCCCAAAUAGCAUGCCAUGCCAGCUCAUGGUGGGUUUCUUUGCGUAUGCAAAAUCACUUGAAAUAAAUGUAGACAAGGCAGAGUUGGAAGAUGCUGCCUGGCACAGCAGAGAAGAUGUCCAAAAAGCAUUGAUGGUUGCAGAAUAUAAGAAGGCACAAAGAACAGCAGCUGCAAAGGUUGAUCAGAUGUGCAAGGGUGUCGAGAAAGGGCAGAAUUUGUCAGCAGAUUUUAAUGUAGAAAGUGGGGAGCUUGCUCCAAUGUUUUUUCCUGGCCCCUUCGCAAUUGCUCACCACCUAAUCUCCUCUUGGGUUAAUCAAUCUUCAACGAUUGGAGUUGAAGCUCUAUGGAAACAACCAAGUAGUUCUCUGUCUAAUUUGUAGUCGUCAUGCUUCUAAAUGAAACUUUUGCUCAGAAUAUAUUCAAGCUUGAACAUUCUUCA